AUGAAAAAGAAGACAAUUAUUCUCAUCGGCAUAUAUACUGCAUAUUUCGCCAAUGCAAUAGUCUUUACUUUGGUGAUCCCAUUUGCAAGCAAAAUGGUCAUUAAAUUUGAAAUAGCUGAUGACAGAUCAUCAACAGGCACCUGAGUUGGCCUUAUGACCUUCUCUUUGAUGUUUGGUAGAACAAUUACAUCAGCCUGCUGAGGAUCAAUUUGUGACAGAUGGGGAAGAAAGCCUGUAAUGCUUAUUGGAAUUGCCUCAAUUACGAUUUUUUCGUUACUUUUUGGCUUUUCGCCUAAUUUCUGAUGGGCACUCACAUCAAGGUUUCUUUUACUCCUUAAUUAAUAACCAAUAAUUCUGUAUACUUUAAUAGUAAAUUAUUCAUAAAAAAUAAAUAAAUUAUUCUAAGGAAAGCUAGGAGUUUUUACACCUUUAGCAAUAGUAACAAAGACCUUGAUUUCCGAAAUUUGCCCAGACGAGGAACAGCCUUCAGCCAUGGCUUUACAAUCUAUGCUAUGACAAAUAGGGCUGGUUGCUGGAAACGUGCUUGGAGGUGUAUUAGAGGACCCUGAAAGUUCUGGACUUAUUAAAAGUGGAAUUUUCGCUGACUUUCCUUUUUUAUUGCCAAAUUGUGUAGCUGCUUUAAUAGCAUUUCUGUCGUUUUGGCUUGUAUACCCGAAUUUAGAAGAAACCCUUCAAAAAACGGAAUUAAUUGGAGGGAGCUCUAUUUCAAAUACAAGGACGUCAAAACAGAUCAUUACAGACCCGGUAGUCUGUAAGAUUUUGUCUGCUUACACAAUUUGAGCUAAUAACUCAACCGCAAUGAACGAGCUUAUGGUUUUGUACCUAUGAACUGACAUUAAAUAUGGAGGAUUUGAGCUAAAUCCGAAAGAAAUUGGCCUAUUUUUAGGCGCUUCUACCAUUUUGAUAGCAAUUUUUCAAAAAAAUAUAGCUUCAUUUAUGAUAAAAAAGUAUGGACUUGUGAGGACUGCAAAAAUUACGACGUUUUUGGCUAUCCCGAUACUUUUAUUAGCACCUUUGGCAAGCUUGCUUAAUAGAGAUUUAGUAUUCAGAUGAGUAGUUUUGGCACUGAUUCAGAUGACAUGGAUUACUGUGAAUAUUAUUUCCUUUACAGCUAUAAGCUGUAUGUCUAAUAAUUCAGUUAUUUCACAAGAAAGAGGAAGAAUGAAUGGACUGUUUAUGACGUCUGCAAGUUUAGCUAAGUCUAUAGCACCUUUGCUGAUUGGAUUUACUUUUACAAGCACUGUUAAGGAUGGGCUAUUUUUUCCUUUGAAUUAUUCGUUUUCGUUUUAUUUGAUAGCUGCUAUAGAAGUGGUAAUGUGGAAUAUUUGCAAAUGGUUGCCAGUAUCGUUGAAUCAGUCGAAAGAAAAGCAAGGGUUUCAGCUGAUGAAACAUCCAGAAGAUGACCAGACCGUUAUAACGAAUAUUAAUAAAUAG